GAAGCCUGUGGGGUUGAUCCCAUCCUCCAUCCGCUGGGAAUGGGAAUGGAAGUGGGAUGGGAAUGGGGGGGCUGUGAAGGCACCGCCAAGCACCCCUAAAAAAUCCCUGUGGGGAUUCUCCUCCGGUCCUCCAGGCACCGGGAAUGGGGAUCAGGAUGGGGGGGCUGCAUCCCCAGUGCUCCUUGGAGGAGUUUUCAGGACGGGAGCAGCGGUGCAGGGCAGAGUUUCCCUUGGGAACAGCUCGAGCCACUGGGCCGGAGCACAGGAAUGAGGAAGAUGAGGGUUUUUCACAACCCUGCUUUAAAAACACGUGGAAAUCCAUCGGGAUGCAGUUUGCUGGGAAUGAUUCACUCCUGCUGCCAGACCCCCUCCUCCGGGCUGGAUCCCAGCCUGGCACUGCCAAAAACCCCGCGGGUUUCUGUGUUGGGAAGCGCCAGUUCCUUCCCACGAUCCCGAGGAGGGAGCAUCCCUGCCCCAGGAGAGAGCACAAGGAGCUCCACUUCCAUGACCACGCAUGGUUUGAUGGAAAUCAAACCUUUCCCUCAGAUCAAACUCGCUUUAAACCUUUGCUCUGAAGGACCCCAAACCUUCACCUGGAAGGAGCCGAUGCGAUGGAGCGGGAUCAGCCCCACCUGAGCUCAGACCUGACCACCCCGAACCUGAGGAAGGCUCCCACCCCCCCUGGCCAUGAGGACGCCGACACCGCCGUCAUCGCAGUGGUGAUCACCCUGGUGUUCCUCACCUUGCUGACGGUGCUGGUGGUGAUCGGGAUUUACCUGUACCGGAACCAGGGCUCCUACCGCACCUACGAGCAGCCGGAGCCGGACGCGGCCCCGAGGGAGGAGGCUCCGGCCAAGGAGAAGGAGGAAUAUUUUAUCUAAGGACGCACCUGGGAUCCGCAUAGGUCCCGAAAUUCCCUGGAGCUGGGGGUCUACAUAAUUUUUUUUCAGGAGUUAGGAUUUCCUGAAUUCCCUGGCAUCGGGGAUCUGCCCAAAUUUUCGGGAGUUGGGGAUCCACCUAAAUACCCCGGAGUUGGGGAAUUUCUUGGAGGUGGGAGAUCUUCUUAAGUUGGGAAUCUGCCUGAAUUCCCUGGAGUUGGGGCUCUACCCGAAUUUCCUGGCACUGGCCUUCUGCCUAAAUUCCCUGGAUUUGAGGAUCCACCUGAAUUUGAAACCUGCCUAAAUUCCCUGACAUUGAGGUUCUGCCUAAAUAUCCUGGAGCUGGGAUCUGCCUGAUUCUCCUGGAGUUUGUGAUUACCUAAAUUCCCUGGACCUGGGGUUCUGCCUAAAGUUGAGGAUCUACCGUCUGAUUUUGCUUGGUUUCUUGUUUUUUUUUUCCUUAAUUUAUGAAGCCAGCCAUGGAAGGAAUAUGUGGGUAUCUGAGGGCAGGAAAAACCCCAAAUACCCCCCAAAAAUAAUAACCCCGAAAGAGGAAGUUCCCAACCUAGCAGGAAAAAAGAAAGAAGUGAGGAAACCCCCAGCUAGCAGCAGCCAAAGAGGUUCUCAGAGGCCAAACAGAAA